AUGCCCCCACUUGGCAUGACACACUGGGGCCUCUACUUUCGACGUGGUCCUUCUUUGGCGGAGACUGAUAUUGAAACUGAGAUUGAGACUGAGACUGAGACUGAGACUUCAUUGCAUGCUGCAGUUGAGUUGAGUUGUUUGAAAAUGAACGUCACUACUUUUCUUCUGGAAAUCUUGUUUGCUAAGAGUUUGAAAAUGCAAAGUAAUGUCCAAUAUGAUUGA